UGGGCUCUGAGAGAUUACAAUCCCAUCCAUUUCCGUCCUUCAAACCCGAGGCACUCGAGCGCUCACGAAACCUAGCGAGGGAUCCUGAUGUCCGCCAUGGAGACCGACAUCAACGCGACGCCGCCGCCCGCCCCCGCCGGCGAGGGCUCCUCUGCCGCCGGCCCGUCCUCAUCCUCCUCCUCCCGCAAGCCCAACAAGCGCUUCGAGAUCAAGAAGUGGAACGCCGUCGCGCUCUGGGCAUGGGAUAUCGUAGUCGACAACUGCGCCAUCUGCCGCAACCACAUCAUGGAUCUAUGCAUCGAGUGCCAGGCGAACCAGGCCAGCGCCACCAGCGAGGAAUGCACUGUCGCUUGGGGUGUCUGUAAUCAUGCUUUUCACUUCCACUGCAUCAGCAGGUGGCUUAAGACUCGCCAAGUGUGCCCAUUAGAUAACAGCGAAUGGGAGUUUCAGAAAUAUGGCCACUAGACACCCCCAUGUGCUGUUGGAGCCAGUUUCUGGCUACUUCUUCAAUCCAAGACUUCGUCUGCCAAACAACUCCAUCUUUUGCUACUUUUGAUGCUUGCAUCUAUCAUCAGCCAGCUAUCUCGGGUAGUACUUCCAUCAUGGGAUUGUAUUUGGAUGAUUCUUACAGAGGAUAUCAUAUUAUAGUUGGUCCUUUGUAUCAAUGUCCUGUGGAUCUGCAUAAAUGAGCUUGAAUUGUGCUGUGGUACCAUUUCUAA